AUGUGCCUUAUUUUCCCGUCGAGCUUGGGCGAGUUGGGCUUGGAGUGGUUUGAGAGGCUUCUGGAGAAAAGCAUCGAAAGGUGGCAGCAGUUGGUGGAAGCAUUCCUGACUCGAUUCAAAGCCAACACUAAAACGCCAAAGGAAAUUGACCACCUUCUGAGCGUCAAGAUGGAGUCAGGCGACUCCCUCAAAGUAUACAACGCCAGAUAUUGGGAAACCUUCAAUGAGAUCCUUGAUUACCCAACCAACCUGGCAAUCACUCAAUAUAAGCGUGGUCUCCUGGUCGGACAUAGACUGAGGGACUCACUCACGAAGAACCAACCGACUUCCAUGGAGCUGUUGAUGCAGCGCAUCAAUGAGCACAUCCGAGUAGAGGACGAUGCGACUGCGUCCACCGUGAAGACAAAUCCAGUGGCAAUGGACAAAAGGGUGGCUGGAAAAGUCCACGUGGUCGGACAGGAGACAAACCGUCCAAAUGACCGCGCAAGGGAAUCAGAUCGUGGUCCGGAUUGUAGAAAUCGGGGUAAGGGUCACCUCAACGACCGAGCAGAUUAUCCCCACGAUGACGCAGCAGAUGUAAACAGAAAAUUAAACACUCGAACGGGCAUCACCACAGUUUUUAAGAUCCCAAUCUACCGCAUACUUAGUGAAAUCCGUGAUGAGGUUUACGUUCGGUUUCCCGUUAAGCUUGGCGAUGAGCAAAAAGGCUUCAAUCCGCGGCAUCGUUGCACAUUUCAUAGGGAGCGAAGGCACCGGACGGAGGACUACUUGCCCCUGAAGCAACACUUGGAAAAGUUAGUCGCCGUAGGACACUUGGAUCGUUACAUCGACGGGGGAGUCAGGGCCGCGCAUCAUGCACCGGCUGAGCCAAGUGGUUUGGCUGACCUAGAAGCACCGCCCUAG